CAAACCCUAGCCCAGAGCAGCCGCAUCGAACUCUACCUGCCUUUCUCUCGUCCCUGGCGGCGGCGGCAGGAUGGCGGCUUCUACUGCGAGGACGGUGAAGGAUGUGAACCCCCACGAGUUUGUCAAGGCCUACUCCGCCCAUCUCAAACGCUCCGGCAAGAUGGAGCUUCCUGAGUGGGUUGACAUUGUGAAGACUGCGAGGUUCAAGGAGCUCCCUCCUUAUGACCCUGACUGGUACUACAUCAGGGCUGCAUCUGUAGCAAGGAAGAUCUACUUGAGACAAGGCAUUGGUGUUGGUGGCUUCCAGAAGAUUUAUGGUGGCCGCCAGAGGAAUGGCUCACGCCCACCUCACUUCUGCAAGAGCAGUGGUGCCAUUUCACGCAACAUCCUCCAGCAGCUGCAGGAGAUGGGCAUCAUUGAUGUCGAUCCCAAGGGUGGACGGCGCAUCACCUCCCAGGGAAGGCGUGAUCUGGACCAGGUGGCUGGAAGGGUUGCUGUUGAAGCUUGAGCAAUCUCAUAUUUGGUUUCUAUGAUGUCAUGUUUGAUUGUUGAGAUGGCUACACUUUAUUUGCACUUUGGAUUAGGAUUUUUGUGUUAAGAGAACUCAAGGCAUUCUAGCUAUGGUUCACACUGUAUUUUCCCUGAGUACCUAUUUAUCAAAACCUAUUCGUAUGUUUGGGAAGUGUCUGAGCUGAUAUUCAUGACAUGUAUUUGGUAUAGGUCUAUCUAUGUGACGUGAUAAUAUCAUUGGAUAGAUUACGAUCUAGAUGAAUUUCUAUCUCUUGAGUUUC